CGUCUUUUCUCUCUACCUCGUCCCCCCCUCCUUCUUUUUUGCAUCUAUCUCUGAAUAGCGGAAUAAAUUCAUUAUUAUCGCGAGUAUACAUUCAUACUCAUCUACACUAAUACUGGUCGAUGAACCACCCGCGCAAUACACUCUCCACCUCCACCUCCACCCACCAACAACAACCGCAACCGCAACCGCAACCGCAAUGACUCCAAUCCCGCUACCGCUACGAAUACGAAUACCCGAUCUAAACACUCUCCUCCACCUCCCAUCUCAUCUUCAUCAACAUGAAAACCAAAAUGACAGCCAGCCGCCACUCCCAUCAACAACCCCCGAUAACAACAACAAUACCAAUAAUAACAACCACAACCACAAUAACAACAACUACACCCCCCUCGACCUCAAACGCUCCGCCCCGGUCACCAUCCCCUCAACCUACCACACACACGGCCCGUCCCCAGGCACCGUCGCCGGAAUCGUCAUCGGCAGCGUCCUCGGCUUCCUCCUCCUCCUCUACCUAAUCUACCUGGGGCUCGGCGCGGGACGCAAAUUCUCCAGCGAGGCCAGCACAGUGGAAAACAUGUCGGAGGUGGUGGUGGAAGAGGAAGAGGGGAGUUUGCGGUCGCGUCGACCGCCGCGGCGGAGGCGUCGCGAGGUCGUCGAGGAGAUUUUCGAGGCGCGUGGGGGAGGGAGGCGGGGGAGACGGACUAGGGGGACACGACCGGGUGGUGGGGGGUCAGGAGGAGGGGGGCGCAUUGUCGUUGAGGAGUCGGUUACAUCGCCCGAUCGGUCGGAUGUGGUGGAGGUUUUGGAGGAGCAUUCCAGUGUGGAGGGGCCUGAGGCGGGGAGGAGAAGGAGUAGGGCGGGGGCUUAUCGGAGGGUGGAUCCGGAAGCAUUUGGCGGGUUGACGGAGGAUGAGAGUUUGAGGUCUUAGGUUGGUUGGUUAAUUAGAUGGAUGGAUGGAUGAGAAGGGGUGUGAGGUGUGGUUGGAUUGAGCUGGAUUGGACUGGCUUGAUUGAUUGAUUGAUUGAUUGAUUUGAUACCCUGCCUGUUUAUUAGGAUGUUACAUACUGUCCCUUCUGCAUUUUAUACACAUAACAUGAUACGAGACUACCUAAGACAUGAUAAUGUUAAUCACGUUAGCAAUGAUUGAAUUGAAAGUGAUCAUGCGAAGAAA